AUGUUUUUGGGGACCCUGUCUGGUCCAUUCUUCAACCAUUUGAUUGGAAACUCCUCAGCCGGGUUUACAAACCUUAUCUUGACUGGUGAGAGGAUUGAAGCUGGUAUCAAGGCUGGGAAGAUACAGAAAGGUGCCUUCUCGAGCACUGAAAAGAAGUCGUUCAAGAAAGAAUACAGUGUUGUCUAUGGUUCAAGGAGACCAAAUAGAUCGGAACACCGCCAAGCUGUCAACACGGUGGUUAUUUCAAAACCUGCUGGUGCUCUUCAGUAUCACAAGCAACAAAGGGGUGAGAGACUUAGAAGGCAAUUCACUCGACUCAGCAUGACCUUGUCCCAGAUAUUGCCACAGUUAUUGACAACCAAUUUGGUGACUCUAAGGGAAGCUCCUAAGAAUCCCAACACUACAUCCCCAAAGUACAAUCCUAACGCCCGUUGCGCUUAUCACUCUGACAGCCCGGGACAUAGUACGGAUGAUUGUUGGACCUUGAAGAAUAAGGUUCAGGACCUGAUCGAUGCAAAUGAGGUUGAGUUCGAGGCGCCCGAGAGGCCUAAUGUUGUAACAGCCCCCAUGCCCAAGCAUGGAUUAAAUGCCAUUGAAGAUGACGUAGAGGAAUCUGAAUUCGACAGCUGGAUCUACCCUACGACCAACGAUGGACCAAGAAACUGGACAGAGAAAGACUUCGUCCCUAUUACUUUUGUUACUCAGUAA